AUGGGACAUUUUGAUGUUGUUUUGGGUAUGGAUUGGCUAGCUAAAUAUCAUGCAACAAUUGGUUGUGCCUUGAAACGAGUAAUAUUCCGACCUCCCAGGCAAGAGGAAUUUUAUUUUGAGGGAAAAGGGGUAGUCUCACCACCAUACCUUAUAUCUGCCAUGAAAGCUCAAAAACUAAUGAAUAAGGGUUGUCAAGGGUAUUUGUGUAGUGUGAUAACCGAACCAACGGUAGACACUACUUUAGACAAUAUACCGGUGGUGAGAGAUUUUCCCGAUGUGUUUCCAGAUGAUUUACCUGGCCAACUUGUUGAUAGAGAAAUCAAAUUCACAAUUGAUGUAAUACCAGGAACUCAACCAAUUUCUAAAACUCCCUACCGUAUGUCUACCACUGAAAUAAAAGAAUUAAAAAUUCAGUUGCAGAAAUUGCUAGAUAAAAGGUUUAUCAGACCAAGUACAUCCACAUGGGGCACACCGGUACUUUUCAUUAAAAAGAAUGACGGCACUCUCCGAUUGUGCAUUGAUUAUCGAGAGCUCAACAAGAUUAACUAUCAUCUGAGCAAAGCUAAUACUGUAGCUGAUGCACUUAGUAGAAAGAAUGUGGGGAAUCUUGCAUGUUUACUCAUAGGUCAAAGAGAGCUAUUGCUGGAGUUUGAAAAACUCGAAAUUGAAGUGGUGCCUUUUGAACCAAAUGGCUUGAUAGCCGCCAUAUUUGCCCAACCCGUUAUUAUUGAAGAACUUAAACAGAAACAGUUGGAUGAUGAGUUUUUGAAGAAAAUUUGUGAUGAGCUUGACACCAAGCCUAAACUAGGGUUCAUAAUUGAAGGCUCCGUGUUGAAAUAUCAGGGGAGAUUGUGUGAUCCAAAUGAUGUGGAUUUGAAAAGGAAAAUUUUGGAAGAAGCUCACAAGUCCAUGUUUACUAUGCAUCCAGGAAAUACCAAAAUGUACCAAGACCUCAAAGUUAGUGUAUUAGUGGCCCAACAUGAAAAGGGAAAUUGCCGACUUCAACUCUAA